UAUGAAUCAUAGUGAUGAUGUAAAAUCUUGGGCGGGAAAACUGACUCACCACUAGCUCACCUCUAGUGUCCUGCGCGGUCUUGUUUCUACUAGCAGAUUACUGUACUGACUAGGAUACAGUAAUCUGAGUGUCGUCUAGAGUGUGAACAAAAACCUCUUACCAUCCUGCUAACUUAGAAAGAAGUCAAAUAAUCUAUUUUAGGUAUAUUUGAGCUUAUUCGGCAUCUCCUUUAGCUAAUUUAGCCGUUGGAAGUGACCCUCGCCUGGCUAAGGUUGGACGCAAGGAGGAAAAAUGGCGUCCGGGAAAAUGUGCCUUAGAGGAAACAAGGAGGAAACUGCAGAGUGGACCGCAUUAUUCAUCAAUGACUUAAAAACCAAACACGAGUCUCUGGUCUUUGUCAAGAGGAUGAUGGCUGUGGCCGUCUCUUCCAUCACCUACCUGAGAGGGAUUUUUCCAGAGUAUGCCUACAGAUCCCGGUAUCUGGAAGAUCUGUGCAUCAAAGUUUUGCGUGAGAACAGCAACACCGCUGGCGCCAACAAAAUUGUGAAAUGGAUGAUGGGCUGCUUCGAUGCAUUAGAGAAGCAGUACCUCCAGAUUAUAUGCAUUGGGGUUUACACUGAUCCAGAGGACCGUAAUUGCAUCAUUGAGUCCUACCAGUUUAACUUCAGAUACGCCGAAAAGGGACCAGAAAUGGACAUACUCAGGAACAACGACAUAGAGCUGCAGGUGACACUGGAGGACACCAAGAGAGCCUCAGUGCUGCUCAUCAGGAAGCUCUUCCUGCUUAUGCAGAACCUGGAUGCCCUCCCCAGCAAUGUCUACCUCACCAUGAAGCUCUACUAUUACGAUGACAUUACCCCUGCAGACUACCAACCUCCAGGCUUCCAGGAAGGGGUAUACGACCGGCUGUGGUUUCAAGGGAUGCCAGUGCACUUCAAAGUGGGCCAAGUGCAAACGAUCUACCACUCACUGAGACUCCGGGUGUCUGUGGAGCAAGGCCAGGUGAAGAAACUACAGGAAGGAAAUUAUGUGAAGGAACGCAGGCAGGUUUCCCCAGGGAGAGAAGGAGUGAAGAGUCCUCCCAAGAGAAAAGAUGCUGAAGAAGACCUUCCCUCUGAGGACGAGUCUGCACAGUUCAAGAAACCCAAAAAACCACUGGCAAAGGUAUAAAAAAAGCUGCUCCAAAAUCUGUGGCGAGGAAGAAAAGGAGAAUUUAGGCCAGGAGACCAGCAUGGCGAUUUAUUGUUUUAUUCAUUUACAAAACACUGUUCAGGUUCUGCUUCAGUUCAUGGGAGUACAUUCUUUUGUUUAAGGAAACAAACCAUAAGGCAAAAUGGUGUUUUCAUAUGUUGAAUUGUAAGAAGAGCAAUCUCAGAGAGUUUAGUACAUGAAGUUAAAAAUGCGACAGAUUUGUUCAGAUUAGAGUUGCUAAUAAAAAAAAAAAAAGGAGGGGGUGUUACAGAAAUAAAGCUUGGUUGCAAAACA